GCCCGAUUUGAAUCUGGAGCAGUGAUUCUCAACCCAGCUAUAGAUUUGGGGGAUGUCCCUCAUGUCCGUAUUUUUUCACUGCAAUUUCUCACGUUUUACCGCCCUGUAACCUCCCCAAUUCUUCUUUCUACGGGGCGGACAUUGUUGCUAAUGAUAAUCAAGCGUUUUUGCUACGAUCCAACCAAUUGCCAGUUCCCAGUAGUUGUCGCAAUCUUCUGAUUCAUGUGACUUGGUUUCUAGUUCUUCUGAGAGGAGUAGAGGAGUUAGUAUAUGGAGAACAUUCCCGUUGAGGUGGUGGGUAACAUACUACACUGGCUAGACUCUGCACGUGAUGUGGUGGUUGCAUCUGCGACCUGCCGGAAGUGGAGGGAGGCAUGGAGAAACCAUCUCCACUCUCUCAUUUUCUGCUCGAAUGACUGGCCUGUGUACCAUGAGUUCACAAGGAGUAGAUUAGAGAUCAUCAUAACCCAAACAAUUUUCCAGACCCAUGGACUGCGCGGCCUUUCGGUAAUAAUGGAAGAUGUGGGUGAGUUCUCUGCUGCCCCCGUCAUUGCUUGGUUGAUGUACACGCGGGAUACUCUACGUCAGUUGAAUUACAGUGUGAAAACCUCACCUAACAUUAACGUCUUGGAGAUCUGCGGGCGGGAGAAGCUGGAGGUUCUGGCACUCGGGCACAAUGUGAUUACUGGGGUGGAGCCCACUUACCGAAAGUUCAUUGCCUUGAGAGUUCUGACACUGGACUGCGUGAGUGUUUCAGCUUUGGAUUUGAGCCUCUUGGUGGCAGCAUGCCCAAAGAUAGAGGUUCUGAACCUGAUGAGCUUGGAUAUCGUCAUGUCAGAUCCGCAAGCGACAAUGGAGCUAAGCAGCAGGUCACUGAGGGAUGUUUACGUGGAGGAGCUCAACCUGGAAAAGGUGGUUAUGGAGGCUGAUAAUUUGGAGAAGUUGCACCUGAAGGACUGCACGCUUGAAGACUUUGAGCUGGUGGGCAAGGGGGGAAAGCUCAGGGUCCUCAAGAUUGAUGAUGUCAGCGUCAUACAUCUCGACAUUGGCGAAGCCAUAAAGAAUCUUGAGUGUGUCGAUGUGACCAAUUUCACCAUCACGUGGUCUAAGUUCCUCCACAUGAUAUCCAAGUCCAAGAGACUUAAGAAGCUCAGACUCUGGGGAGUGGUGUUGGAUGACGAUGACGAGGAGGUCAUCGGCCUCGAAGCCAUCUCCUCUUGUUUCCCCAGGCUGAGUCAACUCUCAUUGAGUUAUGAACUGAAAGAGUCCGCGAUUGAGUACGGGUUGGCAGGCUCCUUCAAGUUGAGCAAUGUUUUGGUUUUGGAGCUCGGGUGGACGGUCAUUAGCGACCUAUUCUCAGACUGGGUCGGUGGCCUUUUGGAGAAGUGUCCCUGCCUCAAGAAGUUGGUCAUACAUGGGGUCGUCUCAGAAACCAAAGGCCAACUAGAGUGUCAGACCUUGGCUAACUUUACAUCGUUUAUUGUGCGGCUUAUGAGGAAGUAUAUUGAUGUUGAGGUUCUCUUCGAGUAUGAUUAACAAGUACUAGAUGGUUUUGGCAAUACAACUCUCUCCUUUGUAGCUGCUCAUUCUUGGCUUUGUAUGUAAGGGUACAUUUUUGCUAUUGUCUCACUUCCUAAUUGUUUGUUAAACCAUCGGUUCACUCCCGUUCCCGGGUUUUGUUUCAUGAUGGAAUUAUAAUCAAGGAUGGUUAGAGAUGUAUUUCGAAAUGUCUCUGUUGCGUAUAAAUGUGUCAUUGCAGAAGAUAUUUUUAGUGAUUCAA